AUGGGUGAUGAGUGUCGAAGAAUGCACCCGAGGCUCGUCGAACUAGUUGUGGUUCAGCAGGCCACCUGCGAACGUUCCUAUUUCCGAAGAAUUGCUCAACCAUCAAGGGAAGAACAACAGACGAAGAAUAGGAAGAAGAAGAAGAAGAAGAAGAAUGUUUGUGCUCCCUGUUUGUUGGUGGUGCAACAGUCAAGAUUCAUAUCUACAGCAUCAGAUCAGGAGUCUGAUGCACACUGGAGAUUUUCAACCAGUGAGAGGAAUGACCAACCACAUUAG